CGAUGCAAAAUUCCCUCUCAGUAUUUUUCCUUCCCCAUACAGCCAAAGGUCUUCUUUAUAAACUCAUUGACUCAUAUAGCCUACACGUUGAGGCGUAGGCUAUCUGUCAUUUUGUGCCAGUGGUCACAUGGCUUUGGCCCUCAGGAAUGGAUAGAGAUGGAUCCCCACGUCAGCUUGUAGGUCUAAGGAUUUCUGCUCCAGCAGUCUGCCUCAAAGUGACUGGAGCGCAGCGCCGCGGAGGAACUAUGCGCGGAUUAUUAUAGGACGUUUCCAACAGCAGAAUAUGGAUUUUGAUGAGCGGAUAUCUGGCUCUAAUAUGUAUUUACCGAGCUGCACUUACUACGUCUCCGGAGCAGACUUCUCGGGGCUCCCUCAUUAUUUAACCCAAAGCCAGUCUUCUUGCCCCAUGACAUACUCCUACCAGUCCUCAGCCCUGCCACAGGUCCCGUCCGUGAGAGAUGUGGCUUUCAGAGACUAUGGCAUUGAUACUUCCAGUAAAUGGCACCACAGCAGGGGGAGCCUAUCGCACUGCUACACUGAAGACAUCAUGCACAGGGACGGCUGGACAAGCCCGACCUCACGGGGGGGAGAGAUCCUGGUGAAAGGCGGCUCCGGCGCCAGCCACUCCGGCUCCUCCAACCCGACGCCCGGCUUCUAUGGCAGCGUUGGCAGGAACGGCGUCCUGCCGCAGGCUUUCGACCAGUUCUUCGACACUGCCUAUACAGGGAGCGCGGAGAGCAGCACAACGCCGACAGCACAAGCCGCAGACACGGACAGACACGCAGCCAAAACAAGCCCCGCUCCCCCGGCUCACCCGGGCUCGGACACGGCGGAGAGCUGCAGCCCCAAGUCGUCCUCCGGCCACAGCGAGGAGAAGCAGAGCAAAAGCAGCAGUGGCCAGAGGACGCGCAAGAAGAGGUGUCCAUAUUCAAAGUAUCAGAUCAGGGAACUGGAGAGGGAAUUCUUUUUCAGCGUUUACAUCAACAAAGAGAAGCGUUUGCAGCUCUCGCGGAUGCUCAAUCUGACAGAUCGCCAGGUCAAAAUCUGGUUUCAGAACAGGAGGAUGAAGGAGAAGAAACUGAACAGAGACCGUUUACAGUACUACACCACAAACCCCCUGCUAUAAAACAAAAAAACUGAACAAAGACUGUCAGUGGCACGCAGCCAUGCACCCUCUCAUCUAUACACAUCUACAUCAUUACCUGGACAAGAUGAUGAUUUUUUUUAAUGUACCACACUUCAUAAAGAAUGACUAUUUAUACAGUAUUUUGUCAUUAAACACCGUUGACUCUAUUAUUAUUAUUAUUAUUAUUAUUAUUAUUAUUAUUAUUACACAGGUAUAUUAUUCUCUUUGCCCGACCAAACAACAAUUUUCCAAAUUCUUUUUUUUUUUUUAAUUACGUGGUUGCGUUUUUGGUGCGCUUACGAGGAAAACCAGCAGUGUAUGAAUUCAUUUUAUAUUAUUCAAUAAUACACACGCAGAUUACCGAACUGCAUUUCUAUAGACAGAAUAAUCUUAUUUUUUUUCCUUAAAAUGAAUCUUUAUUUUCGCCAAUAUACACACGCACAUGUACUGUAUCUUCAAAAAUAAUCUUUUUUUUUUCUUCCUUUAAAUCAUUUUUACAAAUUUACGCACGCACACGCAACUCUUGUGGCCAGAAAUCUUGACAUUAAACUACUGUUCGUGUUUCCUUCUUUCUCUUCAUCUUUUAACUUUAUUGUCACAAUAUAACCCCGUUAACUGGAGACU